UUUGUUUAGAAGCUAACUAACUAGCUAGUCGACGAGAUAAGGUAAACUAGCUACAUGCACUUAAACUCAUAUUAUUAGCUAGCUACCACCUCCCUACAAUAACGACGAUACAGGUUUUCUAACUGUAUAGGCAAUUUAGCUAGCUGGCAAAUUAUAGUAACUACUAUAGCCAGUAACGUAAACUGGUUUACGCUAGCUAACGUUAUUGCUAAUUUAGCAAGUCAAGAGGGGGGCUAGGCUAGAUAAGCUCAACCAUGUUCCACGGGGAACGGGCUCCUCUUUCAACGGGUGGAGCCGGUCUACUCCCCGUUAACCGCACGAGGUCAUAUGGCAGUCUUGUACAAUCCAACCUUUCUCCGGUACGACAAAGACGAAUUGAACACCAAGUUCAGCCAGGAGAGACGUUGCAAGGACUCGCGUUGAAAUAUGGAGUAUCUAUGGAACAAAUCAAAAGAGCAAAUAGACUGUACACGAAUGACUCAAUAUUCCUAAAGAAGUAUCUUUCUAUCCCUGUGUUGUCAGACUACAACCGUGAUGCUAAUAUUGGGGUAGAUGAGACUGAGGAGGACUCAGGCAAGGUACAGGACAGUACAAGUAUCAAAGUCUCUACUCAAAAUGGGAAGCCAGUGAACAAUUCUGAAAAGACACAAGAAGAAGGUACAUCAGAACUUUCUCCAAUGAAUUUCUUGAAAAGGAUGGAUCGUAUGAUCAGCCAGACCAAGCAAGCAGCAGUGAAAAGAUGCCAAGAGGGAGAGAAAAGUUUGACAUCUUUGGAAGCAGAUUGUACCAGCAAGACAACAGACCGUCGAUUUACAAGGUCAAACAGUGCCACGGUCGUCACCUCUCCCAGAAUGCAUCAGCAAGCCAUACUUGGUGCAGUGCCCCUCAUCAUCACCAAAUGCACCAAUAAACUGUGAGAAAGAGAGGAUGAGAUCUUUGAGUUGUGAUUUCAUUGCCUCUGUCAGGCAGAUCAUGGGACACGUGGUACUAAUACAAAAAUCAAAGGGUUAGACGUCCAUGCUAAUCUGGCAUUACAGAUUUAGGAGAGUUCUUAUUUUCACUGAUGAGUAACUUGCUGCUAUAUGGACUUGGUAGUUGAAAUUUGGUUGUUAGCACUGUUGAUAUAAUUGUUUUGCUGAUAGCGUGAGUUUCAUUUUGACAUAAGAAUACUUCUUAUUAGGCAAGUAAUUAACUACUACCAAGUUAUUUAAAGUUGUAGUACAUUGAAUACGUAUUUAUAUAUUUGCCAUGUCCAGAACAGCACUGUCUGGUUGUCUGUUUACUACACAAAACGAGAGUCAGAAUGUGGUACUUUGACUUGUGUUUGUAUGUUAGUGUGAUCAUGUAACUAUCCAAGUUAUGCUUGGCCACAGGCGCUAGAUCAUUUGAGUUUUGCUACCUUGUAGUGUCUUAUGCAAUGUCAGAAAUGUGAAAAAAAGUCUUGGAGAACAAUAGAAGUUGACUCUAAAAAAUGUAUUUAUUAUUGAAACCAAUGUGAGUUGGUAUAGCCUAGUCUUUAUUGGGUGUUUGCUACAAUUAUGCAAUGAUGUACAUAUUUAUUUUUAGAAGAAUACUGAGCACUGCACUUUCAUUUUCUAAUCCUGGCACUAGGUUGUGGUAUGGUUGCCUUGGUAUUUAAUUUAAUUUUGCCAACCAACUGUAUUGUUACAGUACUGAAUUGGCUAUACUCAAUCAAAGUGAGGAACUUGUUGUUUCUCCUUGCUAUUUCAACGAAAGACAAAACGAUAUUCUUCUGGUAUGGUUUUUUGUUUCACACUAAACCUUUCUGCUGUUUAAAUAAAUCCAGAGGUGUAGUUUCGAAGUACAAUAUAUAUUUGAUUUUGCCUUAGUUAUUUCAGAAGCAUCUGGCCUGGUUACUGGUUUUUAUAUGUGAUGUUACUGUUAAUUCACUAGUUUGUCCCUUUUUUUACCCAGGUAUUUCCAUUUAGCUAACCACCUACAGUACCAGUCAAAAGAUUGGACGCAUCUACUCAUUCCAGGGUUUUUCAUUAUUUGUUAUAUUUUUUACAUUGUGGAAUAAUAGUGAAGACAUAAACUGAAGACAUAAUAACACACAUGGAAUCAUGUAACCAAAAAAGAGUUAAACAAAUCUAAAUAUAUUCUAUAUUUGAGAUUCUUUAAAGUAGCCACCCGUUGCCUUGAUGACAGCAUUGUACACUCUUGCCAUUCUCUCAACCAGCUUCAUGAGGUAGUCACCUGGAAAGCAUUUUAAUUAACAGGUGUGCCUUGUUAAAAAUGUAUUUAUGGAAUUUCUUUCCUUAAUGUGUUUGAGCCAGUCAAUGGACAUUGACCGGUGGAAAUCUGUCCUUUGGUCUGAUGAGUCCAAAUUUCAGAUUUUUGCUUCCUAAUGCCAUGUCUUUGUGAGAUGCAGAGUAGGUGAGUGGAUGACCUCCGCAUGUGUGGUUCCCACCGUGAAGCAUAAAGGAGGAGCUGUGAUGGUGUGGGGGUGCUUUGCUGGUGACACUGUCGUGAUUUAUUUAGAAUUCAAGGCACACGUAACCAGCAUGGCUACCACAGCAUUCUGCAGCGAUACAUCAUCCCUUCUGGUUUCCGCUUAGUGGGACUAUCAUUUGUUUUACAACAGGACAAUGACCCAACACAUCUCCAGGCUGUGUAAGGACUAUUUGGACCAAGAAGGAGAGUGAUGGAGUGCUACAUCAGAUGACCUGGCCUCCACAAUCACCCAACCUCAACCCAAUUGUGAUGAGUUGGACCGCAGAGUGAAGGAAAAGCAGCAAACAAGUGCUCAGCAUAUGUGGGAACUCCUUCAAGACUGUUGGAAAAUCAUUCCUCAGGAAGCUGGUUGAGAGAAUGCCAAGAGUGUGCAAAGCUGUCAUCUGUGCAAAGCUGUCAUCAAUGCAAAGGGUGGCUACUUUUAAGAAUCUAAAAUAUAUCAUAUAUUUUAAUUUAACACUUGUUUUUGAUUCCAUAUGUAUUAUUUCAUAGUUUUGAUGCCUUCAAUAUUAUUCUACAAUGUAAAAAAUAGUAAAAGAAAGAAAGAAAGAAAAACCUUUGAAUAAGUAGGUGUGUCCAAAACGUUUACUGGUACUGUAUGUACAUACUGGUACUGUAUGUACACACAUUGCUGUCAAUGUAUUAAUAAAUUGCACAUAUUGUACAUUUAAUAACAUCAAUAUAUUCACAAAUGGUCAAUAAAAAAGGGACUAAUUUACAA